CAGACCCCCAUUCCCCUCCCCAUCACCCCAACACCAAGCCCAGCUGCCACCCCUGGGAGCCCACCGGACUGCCCGGAGCCCAGAGAGAAUGGAUUUCUGAGAAAGAAGUAGAACAGCAGGCUCCGGGAGGCAGCAUGCCGACUGCCUGGGCUGCGACUUUGCUCCUGCUAAUGCUCCAGGGAGCCUGGGGCUGCUCCAACCUCAUCUGCUACACCGAUUACAUGGAGACUAUCACCUGCAUCCUGGAGACAUGGGCCGGGCACCCUGACUCGCUCACCCUCACCUGGCAUGACACAUAUGAAGAACUGGAGGAUGAGGUCACCUCCUGCAGCCUCCUCCGGUCCACCCACAAUGCCACCCAUGCGGAGUACACGUGCCACAUGAAUGUGUUCCGCCUCAUGGCUGACGACUUCUUCAACGUGAGCAUGACAGACCCAUCUGGCAACUAUUCCCAGGAGUGCGGUAGCUUUUUGCUGGCUGCGAAUAUCAAGCCAUCUCCCCCUUUCAACGUGACCGUGAACUUCUCCAGAUAUUAUAACGUCUCUUGGAGUUCCAGUUCCAGUUCCAUUCCCAGGGACCGUGUCUACGCGCUGAAGGAUAAACUUCAGUAUGAGCUGCGGUACAGGAAGGUUGGAGAACCCUGGGCUCUGAGUCCAGGGAGAAAGCUGGUCUCAGAGGAUUCCAGAAGCAUCCUUCUCCUCCCCUUGGAGUUCCACAACGGCACAAGCUACGAGCUGCAGGUGCGGGCAGGGCCCCACCCUGGCUCCUCCUUCCAGGGGACCUGGAGCGAGUGGAGCGACCCAGUUGUCUUUCACACCCAGCCGGAAGAGAGAAAGGGAGACCUGUACCUUCAGCUGGUUCCCAUCCUGCUCAUCCCGGUCUGCUUCAUCUUGGUCUUCUUUGGCCUGAAGGUCCCUUGGAGGCCGUGGGAAAAGGUGUGGCUGCAGGUGUCCAGCCCGAAGCCCUUCUUCCAGCCUCUGUACGUGGGCCACAGCGGAGACUUCAAGAAAUGGGUGGGCACACCCUUCACUGCCUCCAGCCUGGAGCUGAGACCCUGGAGCCCAGGGGUGCACUUGGCCCUGGAGAUGUGCAGCCCGUGCCCACUGCAGGGUGCAGCCAAGGGGCUGGUGCCCACGGAGCUGCCGGAGCCCGCAGACCUGGUGGAAGCCGAUGGGGUGCCUGAGCCGGGCUCCUGGGGCCCAGUGCCCUCCACCGCCGGCAGCUUGGGCAGCUCGGUUUACAGCCAGGAGAAGGACCGGCUGUACGGCCUGGUGUCCAUCGACACGGUGACCGUGGUGGACGCGGAGGGGCUGUGUGCCUGGCCCUGCACCUGUGGGGACGAUGGCUACCCUGCCCUGAACCUGGACACCGGCCUGGAGCCGGGGCCGGGCACCGAGGACCCGCUCCUGAGCACGGGGGCCACGAUCCUGUCUUGUGGCUGCGUCUCAGCCAGUGGCCCCGUGAGGCCGGGCAGCCUCCUUGACCGGCUAAGGCUGCCCCAUGAGGAUGAGGCAGAUUGGACACCCGGGCCGUCGGACAGCGAGGCGGGCUCGCCCCCGGUCGGCCUGGACAUGAACACAUUUGACAGCGGCUUCGCGGACUCUGACUGCGGCAGCCCGGUGGGGAGUGACUUCAGCAGCCCCAGGGACGAGGAACCCCCCAGGAGCUACCUCCGACAGUGGGUGGUCACGGCCCCUCCGCCUACGCCGCCAGGGUCCCAGGCCAGCUAGCGAUGCUCCUGAGCCACGAGCCGCGGACGGGGUCCCCAGGGGCUGUGGAGUGAAGAGGCCUACAGCCCUGGUCUCCCCGACGGGCCCCCUGCGCCUGGUGUUCACAGCGUGCAUCUGGAGUUCGGGGACCCCCUGGCGUGGCUGUGCGUGUGUGUGUGUGUGUGUGUGUGUGUGUGUGUGUGUGUGGUCUGCGUGCCUGGGUGGAUAUGGAGCAUGCCCGUGGUGAUGCCACGUGUGUGUCUGUGCCGAUGUGACUUCCCCAUAUGCAUGAAUGUGAGCGGCACAUGCCUGUGUGCACGUGAAGACAGCCUCCCUCCCUCCCAGGCACGUGGGGGUGGCCCCCGUGACACGUGCCAAGAGGCCAGUCACGUGUUGGGACCAGGGCCCUGCCUGGGGCAGACAAGCCCAGCACCCACCGCCCCCCACCCCCGGUCCUGCCU